AUGAUAUCAUGCGCAUGUGUCGCUAACCUUGAAGGUUUGCCAUUUUACUAAUUACAGCAAUCAAGUAGUAACUAUGGAGAAUUAAGUAUCCAUAUUGACUGAACACAUAGGCUAUCACUAAGGACCCAUUCCGUAUGGCUUCUAGUACAGGCACAUUUUGUGACAUUUGUCAAAGUAGACAUAUAUCUAAGGCGGCGGAAGGAUACUGUCCUCUGUGUGAAGAAGCCUUAUGUUCCGAUUGUAAAGAUCAUCACAAACUGUCUAAGGCAACAAAAAAGCACCAAGCUAUUUCAAUUGACGAGUAUAAUAAGUUACCACUCUUUAUUCGAGAGAUCAAACAAUAUUGUGAUGAACAUGGGGAUAGGUUUGAAUUUUUCUGUCCAACGCAUAACGAGUUGUGCUGCAAACGAUGCAUUACUACAACUCAUAGCGAAUGUAAGGAAUCCAAAGUUAUAGAAGAUUUUGUUGAAUUUUCGAAAUCUUCCGCGGCCAUUAAUAAAUACGAACAAACUUUGAAAGAUGUUGACGGAAAUAUUCAAACUGCGAUCGAUGAUCGAAAAUAUAACCUUGAGCAAUUCGAAAAACAGAAACAGGCUAUCAUAAAACAAGUUAAGGAUAAAAGGAUUGAAAUCAACAAGCAUUUCGACAACCUUGAAGCGACAUUAAUGAAUGAACUUUCAGCUAUUGAAAGUGAAAAGAAACAAAACGUUCAUUCAGUUAUUGAAAAAUUAGAAGAAAGCCAGAAAAAAAAUUUACAACUCAGAAACGAUAUAGACGCAAUGAAAGAGUACGGAUCAAAUAUACAAGUGUUCAUGGGAACAACAAAACUUCUACAACCCGUAUCAAGUCAAGAGAUAUUCGUUCGAUCAUUGCAAGACGACGGGAGUUUACGUUUCAUCAACCUUGGAUGCUCCAUUAGUGAAGAGUUGAAUGGCAUCUUGACAGGAAUUCGUUCAUUCGGUGAGGUUACGCCAAUAACUUCUGAAUCACGUGUCCUAUUCAGAUGGGAAAGUGAAAAAUCAGCUCAGAUAUUAACUUCACCGACACAUAUGCAUAGUAUUGACAAUAUUAACACUAAACUGAUAUGUAAGAUAGAUGUCAGUUCCCCUGCAACGAUAACAUCGUGCCUUGUUGGCAAAUAUGUUAUGUUCUCAAGUGUAAAAUCCAGGUUGUCCUCAGGAUGUUUAUUGCAAUAUGAUAGUAAAGGGAAAUAUUUGAAAGAAACAGAGUUGAAAAAUUCACAUGCCUUCAAUAUCAUAUUCAUUGAUUCAGAAACCAUUGCUGCUACUAGUGGUGGUUAUGAUUUUAAAGUUCACAUAGUUGAUGCAGCUACAUUGCAUGUGAGAAGAGUAAUUGAUCUAGGAAAAAACACCUGGUUGUAUGGAGCAAUCUAUGAAAAUGAAUGCAUUAUCGGUUGCAUGCAUGACAACUCAAUAAAAAGUUACAACGUUGCUAAGAACAAAGUCUUAACAGCAGAAACUCUUCCAUUCAAAACUAAAAAUACGCAUAGCACUUAUCUUGCAUCCGAUAACAAUUAUUUUUAUCAUUCUGAUUACGAAAACGAUUCUGUUACGUCUUAUGAGCUCAAAGGAAGAAAAAUAUGGUCAUUCAAAGAUGACAUCCUACGGCAACCCCGUAGUAAUUAUCUAGAUUCAAAUACAAACGUGUAUGUAGCAGGAAGUGGUUCAAACAAUGUGGUAGUCAUUUCAUCAGACGGAUUGCAUUCAAAACAACUACUUGGACCAGACGAUGGAAUUCAAAGUCCGCAUGCCAUUCAUUACGAUAAAUCUAGUAAUAGAUUGUUGGUUGUAAAUAUAAACGGGCCAGCAUUUUUAUACCAAGUGUCCAAAUAAAACAGAACUACAAGAUAUUUUCAAAAUAAAUAAAGUGCAUUAAAUAAAGAUAAAA